AGUGCGCUGUGAGUGAUAGGUGAGUUUGUGUCUUCGUUCAGUAACUAUGGGUCGUACAGCGAGUGUGAAAUGUCUGUUGCCAGCGCUCUUCGUGUUGGUAUUGCUCCGAGACGGGACCAGGGCUUUCUGGUUCGGGUCUAAAUCUGAGCUGUUUAGUUCAACGAACACCGGUAGCGCCUUUGUGAAUUACCCGAGCGCGUCUUCGGAACUCCCGCAGCCCGGAGGCAGAGCGGUGCUCCCGCAGACCGUGGCGGCGCAGUGCGGGGAGGAUAAGGUCGUGGUGACCGUCCAGCGGGAUCUCUUCGGGAUCGGCCAGCUGAUCAAGGCUUCUGACGUCAGCCUGGGUAGCUGCGGCGUCACGCGGCAGGAUGACGCCACGCAGAGCGUCAUAUUUGAGGCUCGGCUGCAGGAAUGUGGCAGUACCCUGAUGAUGGUCCAGGACAAGCUAGUCUACAGCUUCACCCUGACCUACUCCCCGACCCCUAAUUCUAACCUGCCUAUAGUGAGAACCAACUCCGCUAAAGUUGGCAUCGAGUGCCGCUACUUGAGGCUGCACAACGUGAGCAGCAAUGCGCUGAAACCCACGUGGGUCCCCUUCACCUCCACCAAGCUUUCAGAGGCCGCCCUGGACUUCUCUCUGAGACUGAUGACCGAUGACUGGCUUACCCAGAGGACCUCCAAUGUCUACUCCCUGGGGGACGUCCUGAACAUCGAAGCCUCCAUCGAUGGGACCAACCACAUGCCCCUCCGGCUCUUUGUGGACAGCUGUGUGGCCACCAUGGUCCCUGACCGGACCGCCAGCCCCCGAUACGUCUUCAUUGAUAACAGCGGCUGCCUGGUGGAUGCCAAGGUGUCUGGCUCUGGGUCCCGCUUCAUCUCUCCGCGAGUGCAGAACACCAAGUUGCAGCUGAGGCUCGAUGCCUUCCGGUUCUACUCUGACCCCCGGAGCUCCAUUUACAUCACCUGCCACCUGAAAGUGACGGCUGCUUCCCAGAACGUGGACUCUGUGAACAAGGCCUGCUCUUUCACUGCCAGCUCCAGCAGGUGGAGCUCUGUGGACGGGAGUGAUCAGGUGUGCAGCUGCUGCAAUACUGGGAGCUGUGGCACGGGAGCCCCUUCCAGAAGGAGGCGAGGGAGAGGAGCGGCUGGCAGCAUGGUGCUGGACUGGGAAGACGAUGCUCAGGUCGGCCCGCUGGUCAUCCUUGACACCCCGAAGGAGUCUGAAGCCCAGAGUCUCCAGCUGGAAGCAGAGGACCAAACCGCGCAAGGCUUCCCGGUUGAGGUUCUGGUCCUGGCUGGUGUGGUCGUUGCUGUGGCUCUGGGCUGCAUCGCUGCGCUGGCCGCUGUGAUCUACAGGAGACUCGGCAAACCCACUGCUUGAUUUUGUAUUUGUCAAUGGCAAAUAAACGUUUCGAUGAAA